AGUUGCCAAUAAGAACUCUGACCACAUCACAGCAAAAUGAAGUUCUUUCUGCUGCUUUCAACCAUUGGGCUCUGCUGGGCUCAGUAUUCCCCCCAUACUCAAAAUGGACGGACAUCUAUUGUCCACUUGUUUGAGUGGCGUUGGGUUGAUAUUGCUAAGGAAUGUGAGAGGUACUUAGCUCCCAAUGGAUUUGGAGGUGUGCAGAUCUCCCCACCCAAUGAAAACAUUGUAGUUCACAACCCUUCAAGACCUUGGUGGGAAAGAUACCAACCCAUCAGCUAUAAAAUCUGCACAAGAUCUGGGAAUGAAGAUGAGUUCAGAGACAUGGUGACUAGGUGUAACAAUGUUGGUGUCCGUAUUUAUGUGGAUGCUGUAAUUAAUCACAUGUGUGGUUCAGGGAGCGGUGCAGGGACAAGCAGCACUUGUGGCAGCUACUACAACGCUGGAAACAGGGACUUCCCUGCGGUUCCAUACUCGGGCUGGGAUUUCAACGACGGCAAGUGUCGAUCUGCAAGCGGAGGCAUUGAGAGCUACAGUGAUGCUGCCCAGGUCAGAGAUUGUCGUCUGACCGGCCUUCUUGAUCUUGCUCUUGAGAAAGAUUACGUUCGAACCAAGAUCGCAGAUUACAUGAACCACCUCAUUGACAUUGGAGUGGCAGGGUUCAGACUGGAUGCAUCUAAACACAUGUGGCCCGGAGACAUUAAGGCAAUUUUGGAUAAACUGCAUCAUCUAAACAGCAAAUGGUUCCCUGAAAGAAGCAGGCCUUUCAUUUACCAAGAGGUCAUUGAUCUGGGAGGUGAGGCGGUUUCAAGCAGUGAGUAUUUUGGAAAUGGUCGUGUGACAGAAUUCAAGUAUGGUGCUAAGCUAGGCACAGUGAUCCGCAAGUGGAAUGGAGAGAAGAUGGCAUAUUUAAAGAACUGGGGAGAAGGCUGGGGCUUCAUGCCCUCUGACAGAGCCCUGGUCUUUGUGGACAACCACGACAAUCAGCGAGGACACGGGGCUGGAGGAGCCUCCAUCCUGACCUUCUGGGAUGCCAGACUGUACAAAAUGGCCGUCGGAUUCAUGCUUGCUCAUCCUUAUGGCUUCACACGAGUGAUGUCAAGCUAUCGUUGGGACAGAAACUUUCAGAAUGGAAAAGAUGUCAAUGACUGGAUUGGGCCCCCCAACAAUAACGGAGCCAUUAAAGAAGUCACUAUUAACCCUGACACCACCUGUGGCAAUGGCUGGGUCUGUGAACAUCGCUGGCGUCAGAUCAGGAACAUGGUUGCCUUUCGAAAUGUAGUUGAUGGCCAGCCUUUUACCAACUGGUGGGAUAAUGGGAGCAACCAAGUAGCUUUUGGAAGAGGAAACAAAGGAUUCAUUGUCUUUAACAAUGAUGACUGGGCAUUGUCAUCAACUCUGCAAACUGGCCUUCCUGCUGGUACCUAUUGUGAUGUCAUUUCUGGAGAUAAGAUUGAUGGCCAUUGCACAGGAACCAAAAUCUACGUUGGCAAUGAUGGCAGAGCUCAGUUUUCCAUUAGCAACUCUGCAGAAGACCCAUUUAUUGCCAUUCAUACUGGAUCAAAAUUAUAAAAAUAUGAAUUAAAUACAUGUAGA